GUGGUUCCGCCCCUACCGUCCUGCGAGAGCUUCGUGGUUCCCGGCGAGAAGGAGCCAGACGGUGGCGGGGAAGGAUCAUGAUUCCUUGGUUGGCGCUUGCCCGGCGAGGGCUUUUGGGGGGCGGCUCGGGAGUUCCCCUGUCUCGGGCUGUGCAGACAAGUAUCCACAGACUUCAAGGGCAAACUGGGGAUUCCGCCAGCCCAGCUGCUGAAGAAGAGGCAGAAGCUGCGAACAACAGCGACUUCAGCUUUUACCCCCCGGCACCAGGGAAAGGGAGCGCUCUGCGGUGGGAUGGGAAGAAGUUCGAAGAGAUCCCAAUAGCUCACAUCAAAGCUACAUAUAACAACACUCACAUCCUGAUCACCUCACAUGAGAACGUCGCCUUGACCCUGUCGACCUGCGGUAGCGAAGGGUUCAAGAGCGCCAGGAAGGCCACCGCCAUUGCAGCACAGACCACGGGGAUCGCAGUAGCAGCUAAAGCAUCAGCGAAGGGUGUGUCCCACGUCCGAGUUGUGGUGAAAGGCCUAGGACCUGGCCGGUUGGCAGCCAUCAAAGGACUUACCAUGGGUGGCUUGGAAGUGAUUUCCAUCACAGACAACACCCCGAUCCCACACAAUGGCUGCCGGCCUCGAAAGGGACGAAGGCUGUGAACCGGAAGCAGAGGGUCGAAAAGAGAGAGGAAGAGAGACUGUUUGGGGCUCGUGCAAGUCUGGUUCUGAUGCGCCUCCUGUAGCCAUCUUGAGGGGGCAGCGCUACCUGCCCCUCAUUCCUCUGUCAAAAUGUCAAAGUGGAGAUGGGCUUGAGCUUAGACCAGUCACAGAACAAGCAAGUGGCUGUUUUUAUCAUCCAAACAAGUCUUGCCUAUAAAAUCUGUAGGUUAAA